AUGAGCUGCUCUUUUGAUCUGAAUGAGGACGCGGUGCUGGGUGCGCUUCGCUACAGUAACAAAAACAAGUUUGUCAAUCACGGAAGAAACACGCCGAAUUGCACAGCGAUGGCAGUGAGCAUUUGCGGCGUGCACCACAUCACGGUAUGGGCUUUGCACACAGUUUCGACAACGGCUACAUGUGGAGUUUUGGUCCGGCUGGAGUUAGUGACAAGCGGAGGUGUUGGUCUGGAUGGGAGUCAGCGACAGCGACGUCUUAGGAAACUAGAUAAGGCACGCGUGCUGACGCGUACUUAUCGGUCUCCUACGCUGGAUUCUACAGUCUGUCUGUGA